AUGUCGUCCCCCGGGCGAAAACCGCGCGCGCGGAUCGCCCUCGCCCUCGGGCUCGCGCUCGACGCGUUCGUCCUGUUCCUGUGCGUCGCCGCGACCGCGCGCGCGGGCGCGUCGACGGCGUCGGCGGAUUCGAGGCGUCGCUCGACGAAAAGCGCCAGCUUGGCUUCGGACGACGACGAAUGGUCGUGGUCGACGCCGUCGCUGGACGACGUCGCGUCCGUGACGUUCGUGCGCGCGUGCGCGGUGUUUCUGGACAUCCUCAGAGGGCUCUUCGCCCCCGGGAUCGGCGGCGGUCCCCCGCCCGCGGCGUUCUCGGAGACGUUCGCCGCGCGCGUGGACCCGGUCUUGUUCUUUUACCAUCUCGCGUGCACCGUCGGGCUGUGGUCGCGAUGGCGCGCGACCGCGUCGGGCGCGACCGCGGGCUUAGGGGGGUUCGCGUCGAUCGACGCGAGGGCGGCGAUCGCGGCGAGCGCGAUCGUGGGGUGGGUGGAGGUGUGGGCCCUGAGCGUUCCGCUGAACGUCAACGCGGGACAUCGGCUUCGCGCGAAAGGAAGCGUCGGGAGGGGAAACGAAGAGACCUCAUCAUCGCCGUCGGCGCUGGCGCCGAUUCCCGAGGAGUCGCGCGCGCACGACGUCGCCGCCGAGGGUUCGCGCGAGGUGUCGUUCGCCGAAGACGUCUUCGCGAACGACGACGACGACGCCGCCGCCGCCCCCGCGAGUCCCGCGGGGAAGGACGACCCGCUGUGGCCGCUGCGCGGCGUGGACGCGCCGCGCGAGCCGUGGAGGGAGGGGCUCCCGAAGGAGCUCGAGGCGCACCUCGAAGCCGCGUUCGCGCGCAUGGAGAAGCAAACGCGCGCGGUGUUGGACGCGCUGCACAGGAACUCUGACGCGGAGAAGAAGCGCGGGAGGCCGUUCAUCGCGAGCACGACCCUCGCCGGCGUCGCGAAGGAGGGCGGACGCAUACGGACGUGGUACCAGCACAGCGACCGCGUGCCGUCGGAGAAGCGACGAAAGGACGGCUCGCUGAAGGAUAAGGUGCGUUCUAUACAAAAGUUUUUCACCCGUACAGUAUCUCGGUUUCAACAUUUGAUCGCGUGGGUCCCCUUUCAACUGACCGGUGAACAUGUUUUGUAUGGAACGACCCUAAGACGGUGUUCUCGCCGCCGGUGAACGUCGGGAUUUUUGACGCGCCGGUGAGCGUGGCGCACAUGCACCGAAGCAUAGGCGACCCGAGCAC